AUAUCCUCUCACAUCUUGUGGUUAAAUUUUGCUUCUAUUUGUAGGCUUACAUAUUUUUAGAAUUUUUUAUUGAAGUGUAUAUUUUAGAAUUUUUAAGAGAGGUUUGUUUAAUUUUAUAUAUUAUUAUUAUUAUUACUAUUUAUUUCGAGCACUGCAUGGUAGAAUUGCUUUUGUGAAGAAAUAUCAAGUAUGGGUUUUGCACUUGAAACCUGUUUUGAGUUUGUUUGUUAUUAGUGCUAAUGACAUUAAUAUUUUAUUUCUCUAAUGCAUUAUAUCUUACUUAAGUUAAAGGUCAAGGGUUGGGUUGAGGGUUAAUGGCUAGGUUAAAAAAAGGUCAGGGCUUGAAAUUGUUUAAGAAAAUAGCAUUCAUUUUUUUUUCAAUACAAAUAUUAAGAAUUUUAGCUGAAUCAAUGAAACAAGUAUCUUUUGACAUAUAAAAUGUGUCAUUGUUUUUCAUCUGCCAAUUAAGUCUUAUGAUCCAAGAAAUAUGCAUUAUCUUCUCUCAUCUUUUCAAAGAAAUGAACGCUGUUCUUGUUUCCUGUCAACAAAGUGACAAUAAAUAUAACCUAGACUGGAUGUGAGAGGAUCUAAGCACAUUUGCCAAACCAUUCCCAGCAGGAUGAUAGGGUGAUGUGGUUAUAUGCUCAAUGCCAUUUGCUACACAAAACAGUUUAAACUCAUGAGCAGUGAAACUAGGCCUAUUAUCUGAAACAAUUUGAUCAGGGUCCUGCGAAAUCUAUAUGUAUACGUUUCCAUGGUUCGAUUGGCCAGUCCCAGUUUUGCAAAGGUGCUGUAGCUGGUUGAUUUGAAUGUUGUGCACAGCUUGAACAAAGCUUUACAUAUUUUUCAAUAUCAGCAUCCAUAUGUGGCCACCAGAACCACGAUCGUGCAAGACUUUUCAUUUUGGAAGAACCAAGAUGAGUAUCAUUUGAUUUAUGAAAAGCAGUCAAGAAUGGAAGAGAAAACAGUUCUUUUAGAUGCAAUGUUAUCUAUUGUAGAUGAACAGUCACACAAAUUAACAGAAUUUUUAAACUCUGAAGAUUUGAAACCAGAUCUAUCAACAAUAUUUUCAUCUUCUAAAGACAUAAAAACAGAAUUAACAUUUUCAUCUAUUGUUGAUGCAAAACCCAACAUGACAUUCACAGCUUCUCAAUAUGUUAAACCCUAUACUACAACAGAAUUUUCAUCUUCUAAAGACACAGAAACAGAAUUUUCAAGUUUUUCAUCUUUUGAUAAAUUUACACCCAACAAAUCAUUUAUAAGCUUGCAAGAUGUUAAACCUGAUGUUACAUCUGAGUUUUUAAUUUGUAAAGAUCAAAAGCCUUCUGUAUCAACAUUAUCAACAUCUGAAGAUAACAAAUCAGAAGUCACAACUUUAUCAACUUGUGAAGAUUCAAAACCAGAUUUAUUGACAGGAUUUUUAUUUUGUGAGGAUAAACAACAAAAAGGAGUUAAACAUCAAGGUGAAGAAAAUAUCCAGUUUUUUAGAGACAAAAGAUAUCAGAUUGUUUCUAGUUCUAGUUCUAGGCACAAAUGCAAAUGGUGUUCUCAAAGUUCUAACUAUAAAAAACAUAAAACAGGUCAAGAAGGAAAUGAGCAAGUUGAAUAUGAUGGUGACCAUGAGAAUCUUUCUCAAAGUUGUAAUUUCAGUAAAAAUAAAAAAGAGCACUCAAGAGAUAAGCAAUACAUAUGUAAUGUUUGUAAUAGAAGGUUUUCUUAUCAAUGUAGCUUAUAUACACAUGUGAAAAUGCAUUUAGUAGAUAAGCGAUAUGAAUGUGAUGUUUGUCAUAAAAAGUUUUCUCAAAAAUAUAGUUUAAAAACACAUAAAAAGGUUCAUUCAGAAGAUAAGCCACAUGAAUGUGAUGUUUGUCAUAAAAAGUUUUCUCAAAGUUCUAGUUUAAGAUCACAUAAAAAGGUUCAUUCAGGAGAAAGGCCACAUGAAUGUGAUGUUUGUCAUAAAAAGUUUUCUCAAAGUUCUAAUUUAAGAACACAUAAAAAGGUUCAUUCAGGAGAAAGGCCACAUGAAUGUGAUUUUUGUCAUAAAAGGUUUUCUCGCAGUUCUAGUUUAUUAAGACAUAAAAAGGUUCAUUCAGGAGAAAGGCCACAUGAAUGUGAUGUUUGUCAUAAAAGGUUUUCUCGCAGUUAUAGUUUAUUAAUACAUAAAAAGGUUCAUUCAAGAGAAAGACCACGUGAAUGUGACGUUUGACAUCCAACCGUUUUCUCAAAUUUCUUGUUUAUCUUCACACAAAAAAAUUCAUUAAAGAUAGAGGCCACAUGAAUGUGAUAUUUAUCACAAAAAGUUGAUUCAGAAGAAUAAUUUGUUAUGAUCUAUGUGUUGUUACAAGUUAUAAGCCAUAUGUAUGUAUACAAGAUUUUCUUAAAGUUCUUAUUUAAGUGCCCUUGAAAAAGUCAUUCAAGAGACAAGCCACAUUAAUCUGGUAUUUGUCAGAGAUUUUCUCAAAGUUCAUUCAGGAGAUAAGCCACAUGAAUGUGAUGUUUGUCACAAAAGAUUUUGUCAAUUAUCUAAUUUAAAUACUCAUUAAAAAAUCAUUCUAGAGGUAAGCCAGGAAAUUCAUCAUGACUAAAAACCGAUUAAAUGUCAUUUUUAACAUCAAUAAUUAAUACUAAAGCAAAUUAUUAUUGAAUAUCUUGUCAUAAUUUUUUCUCUUCACAUAACUUUAACUAAGUGGUCAUCCAAUAGUUGGCCAUAGUUUAUUAAUUUUAAUAUUUGUUUUAUGAAAAGGUUGUUUUGUCAAAGAGUAUACCAUGUCAAUUAUUAUACAUAUUCUAAAAAGAAAUUGUAUUCUGACUGUAAAAGGAAAUAGCAUUCUAAUAUGUCAGAUGCAUGUGUACAUUUUUACUUUUUCGUAUAUACGAAAUAUAGAGAAAGUCUUGUAAUUGGGCAAAAAUAAAUAAAUCGAGAUUCGUGCAAAUCUGGACGUUUUACACCUCACUGAUACGGAAAAACAUAAUAUUGCAAUCUUGUCUGUGUGUAUGUGUGUCUGUAAGCAUGAAUACCGUUACAGGUAUGUUGUUGUUUUUUUAUAUAAGAACUACUAUGAACUAGCGUACUGGAUCGUCUAAUAAUAGAUGCAUCAUUCGCAAAGUGACGAAACUCUACAGUAGGCUCUUCAUAUUCAAAAAGUCAUUUUUUCAUCUUUGGCAAGGUGACGAAACUGUAAAGGGGUCGGCGUGGUCGAGUCGGUAAAGCUCAUGGUUGCUAAACCGAAAAGUCUCGAGUUCGAACCCUCGGGCAGAUGAGGCUCGUAAGCUGGGGACAGCCACUCUUCUAGGAGAGACAACUCCAAAAUUAAACAACUGCUGCCUUGUAGUUUGUUCUUAGUUGGACAAAGGCUAUGGAAGCAAAUCCAAAAAGAAAAGCAGGCUGAAAUCGGAGUCAAUGGCCUCAAUGGCGCAUAACCAGUUGACACGUAACGCUUAAUUGUGUUGGAGGCGUGGUCGAGUCGGCAAAAAGCUCAUGGUUGAUAAAUUCGAACAAAGUCUCGAGUUCAAACCCACUGGCAGAUAAAUCUCGAUUCCCUUCAACACUAAUAAUUAAGAACGAAGAAGAAGAAGAAGAAG